CUUCUUCAUCAUCAUCAUCAUCGUGAUAAAUAAUCACAAUCAAUACUAGUAAGUCUUUUACAUAUAAUAAUACCACAGAAGAAAUCAACAUCCAAACGAUAACGUUGAAGUGAGCAAAAGAAGAGACAGAGACGACCCCAGCAAUCACAUUCUCUAGAUCUCAGCAUCUCUCUCCUUGGCCAUUCGUGUCUCCCACUUUGGCCUCUUUUUGAUGGGAUCCGCCGCAGAAAUCAAUGAGCCCACCACCGGGACAGAGAAGCUCCACCAGCCAGUAGAAGCUGAAGAAGUUGAAGAAGAAGACGAACAAGUUGUCGAGCUGGAAAGGAAAACGUCGUCGUUUCCUCACGGAAAGAGACCCGACAGUGCUGACGGAAGCACCAUCACCACUAACACUAGCUCCUCCUCUUCUAGCUUUUCCGAAGGGAUCACUGAUCUCCGGAACAACGGCCAAGGAGAGCAUAUCGCAAUAGAAGAUUUGGAGGUCCCGGAGUCGCCGGAGAAAGAGACGGUCAUCGGAUUUCACGAGGAGCACCACGACGGCAACGUCUACUUCGACGGAGAACAAGGAAUUUGGAAAUGUCGCCACUGCGAUUGGACUUACAAAGAAGAUGAUUCUUUCUUAUGUUUUGAGACCAAAGGCUCUGAGUCAGCUGAGGCAGAACCUGAUGCUCAUGAGUCACAAACUGCUCAGCGUUUGAACGCAGAGCAAAAGGAGCCAGGCUCUGAAAACGGUUCAACUUCUGAGGAUAACAAAGGACGACCAUCACGUGAAAUCGAAGAAGUACAAGACGGUGAUGUCCCUAUAGAGGUGGAUGCUGCUGUUGAUCAACGCACUGGUGAUGUGAUAGAGGAGGAGGAGGAAGUGGACAUUGACGAUGUUGAAGAUUAUAAUGUGGAGAAAGUGCUUGGUAACCAAGAGACGCAUGAUCUCUUCUGUCCAAACUGCCAUUCUUGCAUCACCAAAAGAGUUGUCCUCAAGAAAAGAAAACGUAAGAUCAGUCAUGUUCCCGAAGAUCCAAAGCGCGUGAGAGGGCCUGACCCUGUUGAUCCUGUUCUUCGUUCCGAGGACAAUGAGCCAUCUUCAGUUGGUGGUGGUGACAACGUUACACGCGAAUCCUUUUUCUACAAGUGCUUGUCCUGCUUCAGCAUAUUCAUACCCAAAGGGGUGGAUUCAAAGCCGCUUGCUCCCAGUGAAAGUGUCGAGAGGUUAAACACUCAGCUAAAGCCUCGAGAGGAAGCUACAGCCCAUUCCAACUGGUUUGGUUCAAUGUUUGGAUCGAAGAAAAAAGAACCACCUGUUCAGCAAGGUGGAACAAUGCCUAGUAUUCCGGAAACUAGUCUGCCACGUGAUAACCCAAGCGUUUUAGGAGAAGAGACGGCCGGUUCUACUGCAAACAUCCCAUCAGAAGCCCCAGCCCUUGUUCAGGAAGGUGCAGUUACUUCGAUUCAAGAUGUGUCAGAGAUCAGUGUCUCUCAAGACAAUAAGCCUGUUGACACCGCUCUGAUUCAAGUUGCAAACUCAAAAGACACAAGCAAAGGUGUCAACAGUAGAGCUACUGUUGAAAACGGGCAGCAGUUUCUGGUUCCUUCAGCGGAUGAGGAGCAAACACAGCUAAAGAUCGACAGGGAUGAUGCUAGCGCAGCAGAGGAGAACCACUCGUCAGACAAAGGACGUCUCUCCCCGAUUCAACCAGCUCGUGACGUGAACAUAUCAAACAUUGUGACUAGUGGACCCGAUGGAGUAAGAGUAGAAACUAUAUUUCACACAGAAGGCGUCUCUCAUCUGUUUGAAGGAACAGAACCUAGAAAGCCAGAUCUUGGUCUUACCAAAGUAACAGGUGUGAUGGACUCAGGUGACGGAGGAGGACCGAUUCGUGGAAUUGAUAUUCCACCACUCCCAGUGAGUUCGUUGGAAGAAGGGACUCUAACGGAACCGUUAGUCAGACCAGCUGUUACAGGACCAGUGGUUGAAGGACGUAAACUGGAGAUAUUGAAAAGCAUGGUAUAUGGAGGUCUGAUAGAAGCCAUCACAAGCCUCGGUGUUAUCUCAUCUGCCGCUGGUUCUGGUGCUUCAACAUUGAACAUUUUGGUAUUGGGGUUUGCGAACUUGUUUGGCGGGCUUAUUCUCAUUAUUCAUAAUCUCCAAGAACUUAGAGAGGAGGAACCCAUAAUAACAACAACAACAACAACAACAACAGAGGAUAACCAGACUAACCUGCAAGAAGAAGGUCGGUACAAGCGACUCCUAGGAAGAAGAGAAAACUUCACGCUUCACGUAAUAGUCGCAAUCAUAUCCUUCAUUAUCACGGGACUACUCCCUCCCAUUGUCUACUACUUUUCAUUCAGCAAAACACACAACAGAGACUACAAAGUGGCAUCAGUCUUCGGGGCAUCUCUGCUAUGCAUCGUCUUGCUGGCUAUAGCCAAAGCUCACGUGAGGAGCCCGAGAGGAAGCCACCUGAAGAGCGUUCUGAAAUACGCGAUGAUCGCUGUGUCGGUGUCGGGGAUAUCUUACGUGGUGGGUAACUUUGUGGAUCAGUUGCUUGAGAAGUACGGAUGGUCUGAUGGAACCGAGCAUCCAGCGGGAGAGAUGAUGCUUUCACUUAUGGGGAGAAAGGCUGGUAGCUUCGGAUACUCAUCAUCUUACUGAACCUGAAGCUUGUCAAACCUCAUGCUACUUUUUUCUUCUUCCACUCUGUUUUGAGAGCUCGCGUUAGACUUUUUUGUUUGCGCUUUUAAAACCAAACCUUUGUUGUGACUUGUGAGUGUAGAAGUCGUUUCCAAGGACACAAAUAAAUUGCGACAUGAAGUUUGCCGUUUCUUCGACUCA